AUGUGGAAGCGCAACAUUGUCGUAGACGACAAGGCGAUCACCGUGGGUGCUGGCCUUACGCUCAAGCAAUCCCUAUUCCCCUGUUUCCUCGGAUGGAUUCUGCGACGCUUUGGCUUCAGAGUCACUUUCAUGACUGGGUAUGCUGCUCAAUCCAGACCAGACAUCCCUCGACUUUCUGCUAAUUUGAAUCAUCAUAGGCUUGCGGUUCUUACGGUCGGCUGUCUCCUGUUCUGGCCUAGCGGAGUUAAGGCUUCAUUUGGAGGCUUCUGCGGCAGCAUGUUUGUGGUCGGAGCCGGUCUUUCGACUCUGGAAACGGGCGCAGACAACUUCCUCUCCAUCUGCGGUCCUCCGCGAUACUCUGAGAUCCGUCUGAAUCUCGCCCAGGGAGUCCAGGGAGUGGGAUCUUUUGUGGCGCCUCUACUGGCAUCUCGAGUCUUCUUCGCCAAAACCAUUGACACGCAGCAAGGGCUUAAGAAUGUCCAAUGGGUCUACCUCGGCGUGGCCUGCUUUGUUGCCCUCCUGAUUGUUCUUUUUUACAUCGCCCCGAUGCCCGAGGUCACCGAUGCCGACAUGCACUUGCAGGCACAAGAUAUUUCUGACGAAGAUGUCGGUCCCUUCCGGAAGCAGUACAAUCUCUUCCUUGGGGUUUGGAGCCAGUUCUGCUAUGUUGGCGCGCAAGUCGCUGUUGCAAACUACUUUAUCAACUUCUGCGAGGAGGCAGGUUACAGCGCCUCCACAUCCUCAAAUCUGCUGGCUGUCGGCCAGGGCCUAUACGCUUUCAAUCGUUUCGUAGCCAGCGGGCUGAUGACCAAGCAAGCUUUUAAACCGCGCUACAUCUUGGCUAUAUAUCUCGGGCUCUGCUUUGUGUUCGGUCUCUGUGCGGUCUUAACUCGUGGUGCCACAAGUGUGGCGAUGUUGAUCUUGGUGUUGUGCUUCGAGAGCGCUUGCUUUGCGACCAUCUUCACUCUCGCCCUCCGAGGUCUGGGCCGCCAUACGAAGCGUGGCGGUAGCAUGCUUGUCGCUGCCAUUUCUGGCGGAGCUGCUAUUCCACCGAUGACAGGAGCGGUGGCUACAAGAACAGGCAACUUCCACACAGCGAUGGCCAUACCCACGUCUUUCUACGUUCUGGCGUGGGUGUUCCCCAUAUACGCGAACUUGGUCAGCAAGAAGAUCUUGGACGGCCACCGAAAGACAGACUUGAAUAUCACAGCGACCCAUACAGCGCAUGCUAAGGAGAUGCAACUAGAAAACAAGCCGCAGGAGUCGAAGGGCACAGCUGAGAAUGUCGAGACUGUCGCCGUUUAG